ACCACAUAUUUGUGGCCAAAAUAAACGCGAGCCCAAAAUAACCCGGAAGAAGAACGUGCCACUGUAAACCGGAUAUUACCGUGAACCCGGGGUUAGAAGUUCUCUCUCACAGCCAUCUUGGAUAUAACGUCCUGAGUCGCAACCAUGCCUGGUGAAGCCACAGAAACGGUCCCAGUCACCGAGCAGGAGAUGCAGCAGCCUCAAGUGGAGACUGCUACACCUCCCCAGGCAGCUUCUGGCCCUGCUAAGCCCAAAGGCAAAGAUGCCAAGAGUGUGCAGGGUUCCUCUGCCCCAAAGGCUGUCCCUGGCAGAAGAAAACGCUCUUCUAUGUCUGCCUCUUCCGCCUCUCCCACCUCACCAAAAUGUACUCCCUCUACCCCCAUGUCCCCUGUGACCUCUCCUCUAGCCUCCUCACCUGCUAGUUCUGCUAACCGCUCCACCCCAAAAGUUGUGAAGGCUGGCAAACAAGUAAAAGUUAAAAAAGCAGAAGCAUUUGUACCUGCCCCUGAAGAGGGCAAGGUCACAGCAGCAAACGAAGCUGAGACUAAGAAACCCUUACCACCUGCAACAAAGCUUGAAGCAGCACCAGCUGCUUUUAGAGUGACCUCAAAGCCUGCUGUAGCAGCACCAGUUUCAUUUUCAGAUACUGUCGCAGUUAGUCCUCCUAAAUCUUUCGAAGUUAAAACGGCUUCAUUAAAAGUUGUUGAUGAUGACCUCCCCCCACUUAUCCCACCUGAGAAGCCUCUAAAAAUGACAUCUGACGCUGAUAAACCAGCUCCUACUGAAGCUGCUAAUGAGAAACAAACUCCUGCCAAAGCUAAACCUGUUGCGGAGGCCAAACCUGCCCCUGUUCAGGCAGCUAAGCCUGCCGCAGAGGCUAAAACUGCUCCUGUUCAGGCUGCUGAGGCUAAAGCUGCCAAGCCUGCAUCAGAGAUUAAAGCUGCCAAGCCUGCAGCAGAGACUAAAGCUGUCUCUGUUAAAGUCGCCAAGACUGCAGCAGAGGCUAAAGCUGCUGCUGUUCAGACCGCCAAGCCCAACACGGAGGCUAAAGCUGCUCCUGUUCAGGCUGCCAAGUCCGCUGCAGAGGCUAAAACUGCUCCUGUUCAGGUCGGCAAGCCUCUCGUAGAGGCUAAAGCUGCUCCUGUUCAGGCUUCCAAGCCCAUUGCACAGGCUAAAGCUGCUCCAGUUCAGGCCACUAAGCCUGCCGUAGAGGUUAAAGCUGCUCCCGUUCAGGCCGCUAAACCUGCCAUGGAGGCUAAAGCUGCCUCUGUUAAAGCUGCCAUGCCUGCAGCAGAGGCUAAAGCUGCCCCUGUUAAAGCCACCAAGCCUGCUGCAGAGGCUAAAGCUGCUCCCGUUCAGGCCGCCAAGCCUGCAGCAGAGGCUAAAGCUGCUCCCGUUCAGGCCGCCAAGCCUGCGGCAGAGGCUAAAGCUGCUCCCGUUCAGGCCGCCAAGCCUGCGGCAGAGGCUAAAGCUGUUCCCGUUCAGGCCGCCAAGCCUGCGGCAGAGGCUAAAGCUGCUCCCGUUCAGGCCGCCAAGCCUGCUGCGGAGGAUAAAGCUGCUCCCGUUCAGGCCGCCAAGCCUGCUGCGGAGGCUAAAGCUGCUCCCGUUCAGGCCGCCAAGCCUGCUGCGGAGGCCAAAGCUGCUCCCGUUCAGGCCGCCAAGCCUGCUGCGGAGGCUAAAGCUGCUCCCGUUCAGGCCGCCAAGCCUGCUGCGGAGGCCAAAGCUGCUCCCGUUCAGGCCGCCAAGCCUGCUGCAGAGGCCAAAGCUGCUCCCGUUCAGGCCGCCAAGCCUGCUGCAGAGGCCAAAGCUGCUCCCGUUCAGGCCGCCAAGCCUGCUGCAGAGGCCAAAGCUGCUCCCGUUCAGGCCGCCAAGCCUGCUGCAGAGGCUAAAGCUGCUCCUCCCGUUCAGGCCGCCAAGCCUGCUGCAGAGGCUAAAGCUGCUGCUCCCGUUCAGGCCGCCAAGCCUGCCGCAGAGGCUAAAGCUGCUCCCGUUCAGGCCCCCAAGCCUGCCCCUGUUCAGGCCGCCAAGCUCGCUGCAGAGGCCAAGCCUACCCCUGUUAAGGCUGCCAAGCCUGCGGCAGAGGCUAAAGCUGCUCCCGUUCAGGCCGCCAAACCCGCUGCAGAGACUAAAGCUGCCCCUGUUAAAGCCGCCAAGCCCACUGCUGAGGCUAAAGCUGCCCCUGUUAAAGCUGCCAAGCCCACUACUGAGGCUAAAGCUGCCAAGCCCGCUGCAGAGGCUAAAGCUGCCCCUGUUCAAGCUGGUAAGCCCACUGCUGAGGCUAAAGCUGUUGAGGCAAAACUUAAAUCUAAUGAGGUUCCAAAACAAGUUAAGGAAAAAGCUGCUGUCCAGCCUGCUGCAGAAACUAAACCAGCUGAGGUUUCCAAGUCUGCUCCUUUGAAGGGUGAAAAGCCAGCACCUGAGGCCAAAUUGCCUGAGGUAAAGGCUGCACCUGCAGAGGUUGCUAUGCCAGCCAAACCAGCAACUGAACCUGCCCCAGCUCCCCGUAAACUUACAUUUGCAGAGGCUGUUGCAAAACCUGCUCCCAUUAAAACUGAGGUGAUCAAUCCAACUCUUUCUGAACCCAUUUCGUCACCCAAACCUGCCCCCACACCAGCCAAAGUGGAACCUGUGAUCAACAAUGAUGAGGGAUCUGGCACCGAGUCGGACAGCGAUGACUCAGUCCCUGACCUGGAGGAACAGGACUCUGCACAGACCCAGACACAGCAAGCUCAGCUUGCAGCAGCUGCUGAGCUGGACGAGGAACCUGUCAGCAAAGCCAAACAGAGCCGCAGUGAAAAGAAAGCACGAAAGGCAAUGUCAAAGCUUGGUCUGAGGCAGGUAACAGGAGUCACCAGAGUCACAAUUCGCAAAUCGAAGAACAUCUUAUUUGUCAUUACUAAACCAGACGUCUACAAGAGUCCUGCAUCAGACACAUACAUCGUCUUCGGUGAAGCUAAGAUCGAAGAUCUUUCCCAGCAAGCCCAGCUGGCCGCUGCAGAAAAAUUCAAGGUACAGGGAGAAGCUGUAUCAAACAUCCAGGAAAACACACAGACGCCAACAGUACAGGAGGAAAGCGAAGAAGAGGAGGUUGAUGAGACCGGCGUUGAGGUCAAGGACAUUGAACUCGUCAUGUCGCAAGCCAACGUGUCGCGGGCGAAGGCUGUUCGCGCCCUGAAGAACAACAAUAACGACAUUGUCAAUGCUAUUAUGGAGUUGACAAUGUAAUGGGACCCUGUCAACACAGAAAGGUUGCUGAUUUAAACUAAGCUUGUUUAUACAAUUUAUACCCAAGAUGGAAAUAAAGUUGUGGCUUGAUAAAAUGAAA